AUGCGCUCUCUCGUCUUCGCAGCAGUUUCAUGUCUCCCUGCCAUCAUUGCAGCGGCAGAUCCUCCCGAUCUCGGUUUUGACAAACUCUGGUCCUUGGAAAACAAUAUCUGGACGAACUUCCUCUACCCAGCUAAUCUAAAGCAAAUAAACGCAACGGAUAACUCCUCUAAACCUCCCUAUAUAUGUAUAGAUACUAAUAGAAACAAGGUCCAAGGACGUGUCGAUAUUACACGUACCUUUCCCGGCCGAGAACUGAACAAUGAAUACAUCUUCGGGCUUUUCUCACAGCCAGACUCCCUCAGUUUGACUGGUGUCGCGAUUAACUACACCAUCACACAGUUCGUCGCCAACCAGAACAUGGCCUCGGCUACGACAGUGAUCACUUUCAACUCGACUUCGUUUGAUGUUCUUCUCCCGCUUACUGUUGACUCGUGGAUGGCCUUCAAUAAAGAUGGCAAGGUCACCCAAUACGAUGCUACUUUCCGUUGGUUCGACUGGUUCGUAAAGACACUGUUCGAGGCUGCGGCGGUGAAGUUCAAUACGAUGGAUCCAGCUGUUGUCAAGAGCACAUUGACUGAGAUGCUGGCGAAAGCUAUCUGUGAGACGAGUGACAAGUACUGCACGGGUGAUAAUAAGCAGUAUGAUAGUCAAGAACAAUGCAUGCAAGUCUUGACGAAGGAGAAGAGGUUCGGGGACCCAUAUGAGUUGGGAAGAGAUACCUUGCUUUGCCGGGAGGUACACAAGCAUAUGGUGCAGUAUCGACCAACAGAGCAUUGCUCACAUAUUGGACCGAGUGGGGGAGAUAUGUGUGUGGAUGACAAGUCUUACGUACAGACAGUUCUGGAGUCAUACUUCCCCCAGUCGUGGAUUGCCAAUGGUUACGGGGAUGAUAACAUCUGGGUGAAGAAGUAG